AUGCUCCCCUCUACCAUUGAAGUCCAAACAACCACUGGAGUUGUCACAACUACUUCAGUCCCAACAACCACUGAAGCCUCAACAAUCACUUUAGCUCUGACUAUCACUAUCUACCAUGCAACCACUCAAUCUGCCGCUGAAGCAACCACUGAAGCCACAAUCACUAUAGUUCCUACUACCACUGAAGCCCAAACAACCACUGGAGUUGUCACAGCAAUUUCAGUCUCAGCAUCUGAAGCUGUCACAACUACUGAAGCCCCAACAACCACACUAACCCUGACUACCAAUGAGGCUCUAACAACCACAGGGUAUGAAACAACCACUUCAGCCUUUAACAUCACCAAGAAUCCAGCAUCCACUUGA